GAAUCUCCUGCACACAAACUCACAUUCAAAAACCCAGGUCCGCUGUAUUACAUCACUGGGCCGCGCGUGUAUAUAUGAGAGUCGCGCGCGUCAGAGAGGCAUUCCCAGAGUUUUGGCUCGCGCUGACGCGUCACGUGCAGGACUUUUCACGCGUGAUGCUGCGCACGAUUCCGACGCAUUCAACCGCCAGCAGCAGAAGACCUUGCGAGUGAGAUGGAUGGAUAAAUCCAGCGUCUGAGCGCUUGCAUUCGCGUCGGAUAAAGUUGAGUUUGUGAGAUUUUUUUUACCCCCGUUUUUCGCAUCACGAUGGAUCUCCCACAGGGUUUGGUGACUGUGUACCUUCUCUUGGUGUCGCUCGCUCAGUGUCAGCACUAUUACCUCCUCAGACCCAUUCCGAGUGACACUUUACCCCUGCUGGAGCUCAAGGAGGACCCCGACCCCAUCUACGAUCCGCGCGAGAGAGACCUAAACGAGACCGAGCUGCGGAGCGCGCUAGGGGACUUUGACAGCCGCUUUCUGUCCGUCAGUCCUCCUCAGGACCGCUACACCGGCAACGAGGAUCUGGAGGAGCUGGACCUCCAGCAGCAGAACCCCAACGGGAUGAUGCCCAAAGACAUCAAGAACCUGGACUUUGACGCGCAGUGGGGCAAGAAGCGCAAGGCCAGCAAGAAGCUGAAGCGCAGGCUGCAGAUGUGGCUCUGGUCCUACUCGUUUUGUCCGGUGCUGUACGCGUGGAACGACCUCGGCACGCGCUUCUGGCCGCGCUUUGUGCGCGCGGGGAGCUGCUACAGCAAGCGCUCCUGCUCGGUUCCGGAGGGAAUGGUGUGCAAACCGGCCAAAUCCACGCACAUCACGCUGCUGCGGUGGAGGUGCGUGCAGAGGCGAGGCGCGCUCAAGUGCGCGUGGAUACCGGUGCAGUAUCCCAUCAUAACCGAGUGCAAAUGCUCCUGUGCGAACUGACCAAUCACGAGCGGACAUCGAAACUCCGACCCGAUGCUCAUUUCUGGAAAAAAGUGCACAAACUAUAUAAAAACUGUCGUAUUUCUGGACAUGAGCUGCAGCUGAUGCUGAUUACUGGACUUAAAUUAUGGAAAACUGUAUUACUGUGCAAAAUUUGAUCUGAUACCUAUUUCUGGAUUUCAGUUUUAAAAACUCUGCUCUGAUGCAUAUUUCUGGAAGAACAUGAAAAAAAAAACUUUUGGGAUUUAAGUUAUGAAAAAAAUGUUUUAUUUUGUAUUUUGGUAACACUUUAUGUUAACUUUAAGUC